AUGAAUGUAUUGCUUUUUGUAAGUCCAGGUCUGUGCUCUUCUGAUGAGACGAAACUGGUAAAGGAUCUUUUUAAGGGUUAUAACAAGGUGGUCCGACCUGUAAGCCAUUUUGCUGAUGCUGUUGAGGUGACCGUAGGACUGCAGCUCAUCCAGCUCAUCAGUGUGGAUGAAGUAAAUCAGAUUGUAACAAGCAAUGUCCGUCUUAAGCAGCAAUGGAAGGAUGUGAACCUGCACUGGAACCCAGACGACUAUGGUGGAAUCAGGAAAAUCCGAAUUCCCUCCACUGACAUCUGGAAACCAGAUUUAGUGCUCUAUAACAAUGCUGAUGGAGACUUUGCCAUUGUGCAUGAGACAAAAGUUCUUUUGGAUUAUACCGGUAUGAUCACAUGGAAUCCUCCUGCUAUCUUUAAGAGCUACUGUGAGAUUGUAGUUCUUCACUUCCCCUUUGAUCUGCAAAACUGCAGCAUGAAGCUUGGCACGUGGACCUACGACGGCAACCUGGUCGUCAUCAACCCGGACAGUGAUCGACCAGACCUCAGUAACUUCAUGGAAAGCGGUGAAUGGGUAAUGAAGGACUACAGGAGCUGGAAGCACUGGGUGUAUUAUGCCUGUUGUCCUAAUACACCAUACCUGGACAUCACCUACCACUUCCUGAUGCUCAGACUGCCACUGUAUUUUAUUGUCAAUGUUAUUAUACCCUGCAUGCUCUUCUCCUUCCUCACUGGUCUUGUCUUCUACUUGCCCACUGACUCUGGUGAGAAGAUGACUCUCAGUAUCUCUGUUCUGCUGUCUCUGACUGUGUUCCUGCUGGUGAUUGUCGAGCUUAUCCCCUCCACCUCCAGUGCUGUUCCGCUCAUCGGCAAAUACAUGCUCUUCACCAUGAUUCUUGUCAUCGCUUCGAUCAUCAUCACUGUCAUUGUCAUCAACACACACCACCGCUCUCCCAGCACCCAUGUUAUGUCUCCCUGGGUCCGCAAGAUCUUUAUUGAUACCAUCCCAAACCUCAUGUUCUUCUCCUCUAUGAAGCGCCCGUCCCAGGAGCCGAGGAAUAAGCACCCUUAUCCAGCUAACAUUGACAUCUCAGACAUUUCAGGCAAACCUGUGCCCACUUCUGUCACUUUUCAGUCAUCCAUCAUCAAAAACCCAGACGUGCGUAGUGCCAUAGAGGGCGUCAAAUACAUUGCAGAAACCAUGAGGGGUGAUGAAGAGUCCAACAAUGCUGCCGAGGAGUGGAAGUUUGUAGCCAUGGUGCUGGAUCACAUUUUACUUUGCUUGUUUAUGAUUGUGUGUAUUAUUGGCACGGUGGGAGUGUUUGCUGGCCGCCUCAUUGAACUCAACAUGCUUUAAGACGUCCUGGAGGCCAAAAGAAUGCUACAGGCUAGAGAUGGAUGGAAAAAUAUGACUGCUUCUAUCUGUUGCUGGUGUGGCACUAAUUGUAGCUUACUAAAGCUAACAUGGUUAAAAGGAGCAUAUACUGUACAUGUACGCUUGAGUGCAUUAGGUUUGACUGUGUAUAUGCCAGUC